GUUGGAUCGCUGCAUUCGGUGGAGGACUUGCUUAAGGUAAGGCCGGUAAGGCUCAUGGAAGGCGACUUAAAUGAGACAACGCUAAGGGAUAUCUUCUUGCGAGAACUCAGCCAAUCCAAGAGGCUCAAGUACGACCUUGAUAUCUACGACAGGGCCAGAGAAGGAAACAAGGGAACGAAGAAAAUCAACAAGAUUUGCGGGUUCUGGAAAGAGGGAACAUGCACUCGAGGAACCCAGAACAGUCAUGAUGACUCUUGGGAAGUUGACUUCAAGGGUGGAAGGGCAUAUGCAGAAGUGUUUGCUACAGUCCGGGAUUGCCCGAGGGUCACACAAUGCAUGGUGGACUGCGUCCCAGCUGCAUGCGAUUACGAGUGCGAGGAAGAAGGUCUCGAACUCCUAGCGAACACCGGUAGCGAAGAGGACUUGAUCAGUAAACCCGAUCACGAGGCACACUUCUCAGGCGGCAAGAAGCUUUAUCGUAAGCUUAGUGGUAGGGUACCCGUCAUCGGCGAGAACGCGCUAGCGCACGCCGGGGCUGCAGAGAGCGAAGACGAAGAAGUCGCUCCGGAUGAGGAUCUUGACAUUCGGACUUCGGAGAACCGAGUUGCUAAGCUCCCGGCCGAAAGUGCGGAGCACAAAUUUACCCAUCGACCCAAGAACCCCUACUACAAGGUGUGUCAAAAGGCCAAGAUGCUAGCGCCACACGCCAGGAAGCGAGAGGGGUCCUCUACCGUUGCGUCUGAGAAGUUUGGGGGCCAUGUGACAGUCGAUCAUAUCAUCAAUAGGGAUCUCCGUGACGUUGGUGUUGAGGGAGAGAAGGUUGCGUUGGUUGUGAAGGAUGUGUGCACGAACUUUCGGUAUGCGUACCCGUCGAGCACGAAGGAAGCUGAGCAGGUGUACCAUCGUCUACUUCAUUUCUUCCGUGUCGAGGAUGAGGUAGGGAUCAUCUACUCUGAUUAUGCACCUGACCUCCAAGAUGCAACAUUCAAGUACAAAGUCCGGCACAACACUUCCCGACCAUAC